AUAACAUCCACACGCAAAUUUAAAAUUUCUCAUACUUUCUAUUACAAGUUCAACGAAACGAUCCAUCCAUAUUAUAUAACACACAAACGUAGAUAAUCAUAUAUACACAGACAGAGAAACACGCAGAUAGAUACUAAUGGCGACGGAUCGGUUCAUUGUUGAGGUUGAGAAGGGAAAAGAAGGCGUCGAUGGAGGAAGUCCAUCUGUCGGUUCGGUUUACCGGAGUAUCUACGCCAAAGACGGUUUUCCUGAACCGGCCGAUGAUCUCCUCAGUUGCUGGGAUAUUUUCCGCUUAUCUGUGGAGAGAUCUCCAGAUAAUCCCAUGCUCGGUCGUAGAGAAAUUGUUGAUGGAAAAGCUGGGAAAUAUGUAUGGCAAACUUACAAAGAAGUAUAUGACAUAGUGAUCAACCUUGGCAACUCUAUCCGGACUAUUGGAGUUGGAAAAGGAGAGAAAUGUGGUAUUUAUGGCGCCAAUAGUCCUGAAUGGAUUAUGAGCAUGGAGGCUUGCAACGCUCAUGGACUCUACUGUGUACCUCUGUAUGACACUCUUGGUGCUGGAGCAAUAGAAUUCAUCAUUUGUCAUGCUGAGGUUUCACUUGCUUUUUCUGAGGAGAAAAAGAUUUCUGAGUUAUUGAAGACAGCUCCAAAUUCAACUAAAUAUUUGAAGAAUAUUGUGAGCUUUGGGGAGGUUUCAACUUUGCAAAGAGCAGAAGCUGAGAGGCACGGGUUAUCUAUAUAUUCAUGGGACCAAUUCUUGAAGCUUGGUGAGGGUAAACAUUAUGAGUUACCGGAGAAGAAAAGAAGCGACAUUUGCACUAUAAUGUAUACAAGUGGCACAACUGGUGAUCCUAAAGGAGUCUUGCUCACAAAUGAGAGCAUUAUUUAUCUACUUGAAGGUGUUAAAAAGUUGCUUAAAACUAUCAAUGAAGAGUUAACCAGUAAAGAUGUUUACCUCUCAUAUCUACCUCUGGCUCAUAUAUUCGAUCGCGUGAUGGAGGAGUUAUGUAUAUAUGAAGCAGCCUCCAUAGGAUUUUGGAGAGGGGAUGUUAAGAUUUUGGUUGAAGACAUUGCUGCUUUGAAACCAACUAUUUUCUGCGCUGUUCCUCGUGUGCUAGAGAGGAUAUACAACGGUCUUCAGCAGAAACUUUCUGAUGGUGGUUUCUUAAAGAAGGCCUUAUUUAACUUUGCCUUCAACUGCAAACAUAGUAGCAUGGUGAAAGGGAAGCCUCAUGAACAAGCAGCUCCAAUCUUUGACAAAAUUGUAUUUAAGAAGGUAAAAGAAGGAUUAGGAGGAAGAGUGCGUCUAAUACUCUCAGGAGCAGCUCCUCUUGCAGCUCACAUCGAAUCUUUCCUUAGAGUCGUCGCAUGUGCUCAUGUUCUCCAAGGAUACGGUCUAACGGAGACUUGUGGUGGGACAUUUGUGUCGAUUCCAAAUGAGCUUCAAAUGCUUGGAACGGUUGGUCCACCGGUUCCAAACGUUGACGUAAGGCUAGAGUCAGUUCCAGAGAUGGGUUACGACGCUCUUGCUAGCAAUCCACGUGGAGAGAUUUGCAUAAGAGGAAAGACUUUGUUCUCUGGUUACUACAAACGUGAAGAUCUCACUCAAGAAGUCCUCAUUGAUGGAUGGCUUCACACUGGCGAUAUCGGUGAGUGGCAACCAGAUGGAGCCAUGAAAAUCAUAGACAGGAAAAAGAACAUAUUUAAACUGUCACAAGGAGAAUACGUUGCGGUUGAGAACUUGGAGAACAUUUACAACCACGUAGCCGCAAUUGAAUCAUUAUGGGUAUAUGGAAACAGCUAUGAGUCAUACUUAGUGGCUGUGAUAUGUCCAAGCAAGAUACAGAUCGAACAUUGGGCUAAAGAACACAAUGUUUCAGGAGACUUUGAGACUAUCUGUCAAAACCAAAAGACCAAAGAGUUUAUCCUUGGAGAGUUCAACAGAAUAGCCAGAGACAAAAAGCUAAAGGGAUUUGAGCUGAUAAAAGGAGUUCACUUGGACACAGUCCCAUUCGACAUGGAAAGAGAUCUCAUCACACCUUCCUACAAGAAGAAAAGGCCUCAGCUUCUCAAGUACUAUCAGAAAGAGAUUGAUGAAAUGUAUAACAAGAAGAACUGAAGACAGUGUGAAGAAGGAAUUUGUUGGAAAAGUUUCAGGUUUUAAAUUUAUCUGUUUGUUAUAUGUCUCUUUGUUGUGUUACAAUCCAAGUUGCUUGUGUCAUAAGUUUUUUUUCUGUUUGUAAACAAAAAGAUAUCUGCCUUUUUGUACUGAACAUGCUCUCUCCCUAUAUUCUGUGUAUUUGUAUUUUAUGUUGUGAUAAAAUUCUCCCUGUUUAAGUUUUAC